UCAGAACAGAGCUCCAGACUUUAUUUUGACUUUGCUCUUGAGUUCUGGAUCAUUUGGUUCAACCUAUUUUUAAUCAGUUUGUUAUGGUAUACAAAGACCUUUGUGAAAAUAACUGCAGUCCAUGUGAAGAAGUCUGAACCAUUAUUGAUUUGAGGAUGGCUAAAGACGGAUUAGCUGUCACUAUCGUGGUCUUGUGGCUGCUCUGCAAUCCGGCGAGGAUCAGGGGAACCGGGGGAUUUCAAGGCGCCAUUCCUCACCCAAAUAAAUACAGCCCAAACCAUUCGGAACAGUUACCGCAGACACCGCAGGCCAGCUCCAGGGGAACGGGACCGCCUUCAGUCGGGGACGAGGUGCUGGACUCCAGCCAGGAGGCUUUACACGUCACGGAGCGCCGUUACCUCAGACUUGACUGGUGUAAAACGCAGCCGCUGAAACUGAUGAUCUACGAGGACGGGUGCCAGCCGCUCACCAUCAUCAACCGCUUUUGUUACGGACAGUGCAACUCUUUCUACAUACCACGGCACGUUUAUCAAGAUGACAGUGCGUUUCAGUCGUGCUCCGUGUGUAAGCCAAAGAGUUUUACUACCGUGACUUACACCCUCAUCUGUCCCGGACAGACUCCCAGCACCAAGAAGAAGCGCGUGCGCCGCGUGAAGCAGUGCCGCUGUACUUCUGUUGACUUGGACUAAACUGGCUGACGUCAUUGUUUUAGGCUACUUCUGUAUGUUUGUUUCCUCCAUUAGUUCUUCAGUCAUCAAAAUGUGGCCUUUAUAUUGUGAAGAAAUACAAUUGAUUCAAUUAAUUGUACAAAAGUUGGAUAAGUUAUAAUACUAUAAAAUAGUGACAUAAAAAUAUUCUUAUAUUAUUAUAUUCUCCACUGUGUGGAGCAAAAUUUGCGCAUUGAUGCAAACAAGCUUGUUUUGUGGCUUGAUUUGUAAUAUACAUAUACAUACAUAUUAGGCUAUGGGUGCAAAUAAGCAAGUAUUUUAUUUUAUUAUAAUUUUUUAUAAUUAUAAUUUUUUUUUUUCAAAUCCAUUCCAUUUUAUUUUUUACUGGUCUUUAUACAAUACUGCAAUGUAAAAAGAAUGUAGUGUCAAGUUACAGCCUUUUUAAUCAAUUGAUGUAGAAAAUCUAGGUGAACAAACAUUACAGAAAAUAAGUUGGAUGCAUGGAAAAUUGUUUUUGUAUUAAUGAAAACUUUUCAUAGUGUUACAUUUAUUGUAUAAGGAACAAUAUUACUGUGAUUAAAUGGCAACAAGAUGUGAAGCAGCAUAACUGUCAUCAUUAAAAAAGUGAUGUUUAUCCAAAUAAAACAGAUAGGGUAGUGUAAUAUUAUAUUUUUUUCACAUUUACAUUAUCUUUGUUUUGUUAUUUUCUGUAUUGAU